AAUAAAAAUUCAUCUCAAAUAGAAAAAUCCCUCCACUGACAGUCAGCUAUUCAGCAUGUUGUAGUUGCUGGAAAUAUCUCAAUCGAGAUUCAUUCCUCUUUCCUCUCUCCCCUUUGUCAAAACUGUAAAACCCCCCUUUUUUUUAUUUUUUUUAUUUUUAAUUUCCAAUUUCAUUUCCUAUCAGAGCCUCAAGGAUUUGAUUCAUGUGGAAAACAUUGAUAAAUAAGGCUAGGGUUUUGUUGGGGUUUUCCUUGUGUGAGGUUUGAUUCUUUAUUUCAAACCUUAAAAUCUUGAAAUCUUGGUCUGUUGGUCUCUCUGGCAUCUGGGUUUCUUGAGUUUUUUUGAGUGGAAGCUAAGUAAGGUUGGCUUCUGAUUAGUUUACUUGCUCUGGUUUAUGGGAUUUGUAUGGUGAGACUUUAGGGUUUAGGGUUUUUGAUAUAUAUGUGAUCUUUUCAGAGUUUUUUUAUUGCGCAAAUUGUGGUUGAAUAUAAUGGAAUUUCGUUUUGUUCUAUGAUACAUGCGAUAUGCUAAACUGCGGACAAGGGGAUUCAAACUCGGUACAUAAGAAAGCACAUCUUAUCUUGCUAAUGUGACCACGCUCACGUCUCAAAGUUUAUCUGUGUAGAGAAGAAAGACUAGGGUUUUACCUGGGUUUUGAGCUAUGGGGUUAUCUGGGUUUUUCCUAAUAUCAAGCAAGCUCCAAGGAUCAACGCCUCACGACCGGCUUUUGAUACGAACCGCGGAUUCCUUCUCCGGUCUGCUUCUAUUUGCUGUUGGAUUCAUUCUUUUCAUGGUUGCAUUUGUCAAGGACAACAAGUUCCAGAGCUUCUUUGCCAAGGGUUGUGUGUUGCUUCACAUUUCUAUGGCCAUUUGGAGAGUUUACUUUGAAAAGGACCUGCAAGACCUAGCCGGAGACUGGCCAAAACAGGUCGCCGGCGACAUCACAUUGGCGCUUUCGUGGGCGUUACUUCUUGUGUACUCAUGGAGGGAGAAGUAUGAUUAGCAAAGAACUGCGGUCGCUCUGCUUCAAAAUUCUGUUACUCUCUGAAGUAUCUUCGGAGUUGCACAUUAUUCAUUUGUCGGAAUGGAAUUGUGGUCUUGGUUCCUCGGCUUCUUGGUCAUAUGAAGUUGGAAAUUGGAACCGAUUUGUCUAACAAAACAAAUGAUGUUGAAUUCUGGUAACUCCAAGAAUUGCAGAUAGAGAAAAAUAAAGAUUAGAUUUCACACUUCUGGUUAAUUUAUAGGUUGUUUGGAUCUUGUUAAUCUUGAACAUGUUCUACAAACUCCCUUGUUCAUUUGCAAUUUUGCACCUUCAGUUGUGCCCCUCUUGUAAAUUUCCUCACAUUAUAGAACGAAUAAAAUGAUGAGAAAUGCGUUUA